AUGUCGCUUCCGAAGCCUGUAUACCCGCUGAGUGGGCACUGCUCAAUCAUCCACGAGAAAACGCUUUACGUAUAUUCGCCAUCUGGAUUCCAAUCGUUGAAGCUUGAAGAGGGGGCAGAAUGGAAGGCGUUACCUAUGGACAUCUCGCUUACCGGGGCGCAAUGCGUGAAGGCAGCACCCAAGGGAGAUGCCCAGGACGCUAAGCUGUUCAUUGUUGGAGGUCGGGUCAACGAGACAGCCUCGACGUGGAAUUACCCAGGACUGAUGCAUUACACAUUCUCCAAGAAGAAGUGGGAUUGGCAACGGUCCGAGAGCUGGAACACACAAAAUCGCGUAAACCAUGCAGCUGUCUACCUCGAAGACUCAAAAGAGAUUCUCGUCUACUCCGGCUCGCAAACGGACGGGGACAACGGUCCAUCAUCGGAAUCGUUCGUCUUCGCCACUGUCGAACCCUACUACGUAUCAAGCAUGCCGUCGGCCGGCGCGCCGCCUUCCGUGAAUCCCAUGCUGAUGAACUCGGAUGCGAACACUGCACUGUUAGUUGGUGGUGGCGCUACCAACACGGCGGUAUGGAAGUACAACAAGGCAUCAGGAUGGCAAGAUCUUGGAGUAACCCUCGAACAACCCAUCGUGAAUGAGGAUGCUGUCAAAUGCUCGGUAGUCACCAGCAAAGACGAUAAGAGGGUUGCUCUGCAGAAGUUCGACAUGAGUGUAACACCAAACGCUGUCGAACGAAUCCUACUGUUGAACAAGGAUGGAUCACCUGCAGCCCCGGGAACUGUCGUUGGAAAGAAGGGGGACAAGGUGAAGCGAGUAACCUUGGACGACUGGUCGUCGUAUAACGAGACAUACGCACCAGAAUCAACACGAACUGGCUACUCAUUAGCACAAGGAGAGGAUGGCACUACCGUCGCAAGCGGAGGUAAUGCCAACGAACCCAUCGCUCUCUUCAACGCGCAGGAGAACUCAUGGAUGAAUGCGACAGCGUUGUUUGCUGGACAAGACGUCCUGGUAAACUCGGUAUCCUCUUCCAGUGCGUCAUCGACACCAACCUCGACAGCGUCUGUAUCAGCUACACCAAGUGCUAGUACCACGGGGGAAGCUGCCGCACCCACGGGUCCUCCUAGCAACAAGGGCAAGAUGCUGACUGUGCUCGGAGCCACACUGGGUACCAUCUUUGGCAUUGCUUUCAUCCUAAUCCUGAUCUUGUUCUGUCUCAAGUACAGGAAGAACAAGAGCAAGCAGGCUCCAGGUUACGUUGAGAAGAACGACCGCAUGAGCUUUGCCGACCGUGGCGCUGCUUUCAUGAAGGAGGCCGGUGGAUCCGUUGUGACUUACCAGCCGAAACACAACAACGACUCACUCACAUCGCUUGCCAUCAUCCAAGGACGAGGUGGUGGCCACAAGAAGAACGUCGCGAGUGACGCCAGCACAGCCGGACUCGUCAAGAAGAGCAGCCCACUAGGGUACUCUGAAGGCUACAAUGAGCCCUACGAGCUUGCCAAGUUCGACCUGAAGCCGGAGCCUGUUGAGCCCAUGGUUCGCCAGAACUCUAGUCGCAAUGCUAAGCCCGCACAAAGAGCUCGCAGCUCAGGCUGGAGUAGGUACUUCGCGAACAACGAAGCCACAAACCUUGCUAGUGCACCACCUGCUGACCGAUCGACUUUCGCGUCUGAUCGAACAAGCACUGCCAGUCAGUCACAGUACACCAAUUCACGCAUGUACAGCUCACGACCAUCACAACACAUUGCUCCACUGGAGAUUCCCAAGUUCAACGACGGGCAACGUCUGAGUCGAGUGGCUAGUGGAAGUCCAACGCUUGGAACACCCACCAGCGGCCUACCACAUCAAGUUCAGCCCAUGCAAGCGGAGCUCGCCCGCGCGAACUCAAACGCCAGCUCGAUAUCCGCUCUCAGCCACGACGAUCGUCACUAUCUACGCCAACCCGUGGAAAGCUGGACCCCAGUAGGCGAUGACCGACGAACUAGCAGUCAGUACACUGGUAGCAUGGUCAUCGAUUCCAACAAGUUCGAUGGCACUAGCUCAUACUACCCCGACGGUACUGAGUCAUUCUAUCCCAAGAGCAACUUCAGCUCCUUCUAUCCUGGACAAGGUGACAACUCACCAACCGUUCCUGACAUGCGAGACAGCACGUUCACCAUGUUCCCAACUGGUAACGCACCUUCUGCACCUUUCGCACCAAAAGAUGAACUACCCAAGAGCAAGUUCAGCUCAAUGUAUCCCUCACCGCCACGUCUCGGUCUGCCGCAAGAUCGUGAGAGCACUGCAACAGUGUUCCCAGGCGGACCAGGUGGAGCGCAUGGAGGACAGGUUGAGGCGGCGAUGCCGAGCCCCAAGUUCAACUCCUUCUACCCACCACCACGAGUUGGACACGAGAGCUCAGCAACCUUAUUUCCGGGCCCUGGCCCCAAUCAACCCAACGGGAAAGAGCAAUCCGACAUGUCAUGGCUGAACCUCGGUCAAAGUCGAUAA